AUGAGUGAAAGAAGAGAAGAAGAUACUACUCUAGUAUAAGCAGCUAUACCAGCAGCCUUGGAAGGAGCCAAAAAAGCUGAAGAAAUGGAAAAAAAGAUUAAAGAGUAUUCAUGAUUAAAGAUAUAUUUUAGAUAAGGAGGAUAAAAACUUGAAGAAGCUGAGAAACAAGCAUAAGUGUAAAUUCUUAAGGCAUAAGAAAUGCUUGCCUUUAGUGGAAAUUAAGCUUAAGUUGCCUAAUAACAAUCUUUAUCAGUUGCUGCUGCAUAAUAUUUAGUAGGCAGCUUAUUAUCUAUGUUGAUUCUUUAACUUGGUUUCUUUGGAUCCAUUCUUACUUUUAUUCCAUUCCUAGAAUAAUUGACAAUUAUUUUAUACAUAGUAUCAAUUUUAAUUGUUCAAUUCUGUCCAGGAUCUGUUGAUAAGGUAGAAAAUAUAUAUAUUUAUUAGGUUCCUAAAAAUUUUGGAUUCUGUAUUGUUCAUUCAGCUAGUAAAAUUUUAUUGAUGGUUUACCUUACAAUUCAUUUUGAAUCAAUAAAAUUUGAAUUAAUUCAAUUAGUAUUUGGAAUCGUCAUUCUAUUUUUAUUAUUUUUAAUUAAGAAUGGAAUUAGUAAUCAAUUAAUUAUAUAUAUUUAGGUGAAAAUUAAGAUAUUGCUUUAGUGGUAAAGAAAUAAUUCUUUACAGUUUUGAUUGUAUCAGCAGUUAUUUCAGGAUUUUUAGGAUUAUUAACAAGAUCAAACUUGUUUAUUACUCUCAUCUUAAUAGUUGUAGGAGCUGGAUACACUUAUUAUUUAUAAUUAGCUUUAUAAAGAUUUUGCGAUCACAAAUACUUAUUUAUUAAUAAAAAUGAUUAAUAUCUUGGAGCUGCUUAAUUAGAUGCAGAUCUAUUCUUAUGGUGCAAAUUAGUUGGAUUCCAUUGCAUUAAGAAGAAUGAAGGUGGAGCUUAUAUUCCUAAUUUGGAAUUUGACGAAGAAAAUAAAUAAAAGGAACCAGAAACCUAAGAAUAAAACAAAAUCUGAG